UGAUAGGAAUCAUGGACUAAUUGGAUGGAAACGCCAACAAUUUUCCGCAUAAAUAAAUAAGUAGUCGUUCUUUGUAACACCAUUUAGCAUUUUCUCUUUUGUACCUACUCUACUAGAAAUACACAUUUUGAAUUUUGCAAGAAAAGUCAAUAAAGUAGUAUCUUGAUCAACAUAUAUGUUGUUGGUUUUAUAGAAUCAUGUCAGGUCAAAGCACAUGGAUCCAAGAAAUCUUUCCAAGAACGAAGAAAAAACGGGAAAAGAAGAGAAUCCGGUACCGGAAGAAUUAAGGCACCCGCAUGAAGUUUUUCAAGAUGUAUGCAACACGUAAUACGCUAACGGUGUAUUUUAUAUCUACGUGGCUGAAAAACCUAAAAUAAAAUCGUUUCUUUUUUUAAAAUUGUUUGAAAUAUGCGAAUAUAUGCGUUAAGUAAGUAAUGUAGCACAGCUAAAGUAGUUUUUUUGGCGGAAGGGCAAAUAAAAAAUAAAUCAGUCCGAUUUUUUUACCGCGGAUCAAGUUGCCUAACCUACAGUGCAGAAGGCUGGAAAAUUGGGUGGCAAUGUAAUGUCAGAAAACAAGGCAAAAAGGUGAGUUUUUUAUCAUUUUUGCCGUGGUAAAUAUUUUUAUUUGCAUAAAAUCCGUUUUCGCGGAGUGUUCUCUCGCUAGGGUGAUGUGGGCAACGCGAUUUUUUCGAAAGUUCCCGGGCAAAAAAACAAAAUAGGAUCCUUAAGAAAUCAUUCACAAAAUUCAUAAUGGCGGGUAAAAGGUUACUACACUUGAUAGACGUGGUUUUUAGAAAAAUACAUUGAUAAACAGGGUGUUACGCGAAGGGCACAGUGAUGAUUCGCACCUAGUUUAAGGAUAAAAAUCGCUUAAAGUAGGUCCCGUUGCUUCUAUUGCUAGUUCUUUCCGGAUUUUAUUAGUAGUGUAUACUAAAUAAGGGCAUGGGCUUUUUAUAAUACGUCGUAGAGUGCUGCGGCCUGUGGCAUGCCCUUUCAUUUGUUCCGAUUCCAGAGGUGACUAGAUUCAGUUCCGUUCAGACCGCCGCAGAUAUUUUACUGUACUUUAAUAAUAAAUGCAUUCUUGUAUGUAAUUGUGCUUGUAAAAUAACUGUUAUUUCACGAUGGUUACAGUUUUAGGUCAAAUAACUCUAUUCUAAACGCCAGCUCGGCUAGCGUCUCAGUGGUGAAAAAGCGCGACUAACAUUAUGUUUUAACAGGUAAAUCGCGGAAAAAAUGGAUCAACAAUUCUGUCUGCGAUGGAACAAUCACCCAACAAACCUAACAGACGUACUAAGCAGUUUACUACGAAGAGAAGCCCUGUGUGACGUGACUUUAGCCUGCGAUGGGGAGACGUUCAAGGCACACCAGACCAUACUGUCCGCUUGCAGUCCAUACUUCGAGACGAUAUUCAUCCAGAAUGCUCAUCCACACCCGAUAGUGUUUCUCAAAGACGUCAAUUACAACGAAAUGAAGGCCCUGCUAGAUUUCAUGUAUAAGGGAGAGGUAAACGUAUCUCAGAACCUUCUACCAAUGUUCCUAAAAACGGCGGAGGCCCUGCAGAUCAGAGGCCUCACUGAUAACAAUUCGUUGAGUAAAAACGAAGACAUCGAAGUGCCAAGACGUGAAAGGGACAGGCUGUUGGAACGAGACAGCCCGCCCAGCGAAAAAAGGAAAAGGAAAUCCUCCUCAAACUGUGAUAUGAUGUCCAAUUCUAACUCAGAGAGAUAUAAUGAUAUUCAGGCAUCUCAACGUGCCGCAUCCGCCCUGCCGAAGCUGAACCCCAUCACGUCGCCGGCCGAUCGUGACAGCAUGCUCGGGGGCGGAAUGGACGAGAUGCGCGUCGCAUCGCCCGCGAUCAAACAGGAACCCGGACAACACGACCUCAACAAUCCGCUCGUCGAUUCCUUUCAUUCCAUGUCGGAAGCACUGCAGACUGGAGGAAGCUUGAGCGUCCACCCCGAGGACACGAAACAGCUGCUGGGAACCCCCGGCGGUGGGCAAUUACAGGACCUGCCAGACAACGAAAUGCCCGCCGUUCCGCCACCGGAAAUCACAGACACGAUAGACGGUUCAAAAACCUGGCAUAUGCGUUUAACGUUCGACAAGCUACCGGGCGGUUGCAACCUGCACCGGUGCAAGCUGUGCGGCAAAAUAGUGACGCACAUCCGCAAUCACUAUCACGUGCACUUCCCCGGCAGGUUCGAGUGCCCGCUAUGCCGAGCCACGUACACUAGAAGCGACAACCUGCGCACACAUUGCAAAUUCAAGCAUCCCAGGUACAACCCGGACACCCGCAAAUUCGACCAGACCGGCGGCGGCGCCGGCCAGCAACCGCCCACGGCCGCCCAAUUGCAACAGUCCGUGCAGCCCCAACAACAACAGCUGCAACCCGCAGGCGACGGAGGCACGCCGGCCGACUGAUUUUGGCUGUACUAUUAUUUCUAUUGCAGGGCGAUGUGCGAAUCGUAGUAGUACUGAGUGUGUGGAGGAGUCGCAACGCUGCUCGAUCGGGUCUGAUUGGAGGUCUUGUUCGAACGGGAGGAGCGAAUUGUAAACGGGCGGGAGAGAGUUGGAGAGGUAUCGCGAAUACUGAUUGGGAGUGGCCCGGUUUUUCAGUCGCAGGAUAAUUACGUCUUAUAGUUAUGCGUGAAAAAGCGUUUUUCAGUAUCAGGUUUAUAGUAAAACGGUAGCAGACCAUCUGUGAGGUAACUAGAAAGGAUCUGUCAAAAUACUUGCGAUUGAAAAACUGGGCAUUACGGUUGAGGUCAAGCUUGUCCUAAAGCGGUAGUUGACCUCAACCAGAGGACCCUACAUGGGAUAACUACAAAGUGAUGGUCAAACCGCAAUUCCUAACCUUAUUUACUAUGACAGUGAUAUAAGUUGUCAUAGAUGACACGAGACAUAAAUAUGAAACGCGUAGAACACAAUAAUUCAGGCAUAAAAGUAGCUUAGCCGUACAAAAGUAACCGAUAGUUAACUUCCAAGCCGUCUUGAAAGUUAACCAGCGAUUCUGACAGUAGGUUGACAGCUGGUUGGGUCGGCGAGCAUUUUUUUUCUCUAAAAAUACCCUCUGUUGAGGAUGGGCUGAUGAGAAAAAUCGUAUGCAGAUUACUGUCCUAGCACGGUGGCACCGUGGUGAGUACCCACGAGACAGCGUGGUGCAACUAGAAAAUGAUUGAAGAUCCGGUUUGUUAUUAUUAUUAUUAUUAUGAUAAUUGAGAUGAGCAGAGUACACAGUUCUAUAAGCUCAUGCAGUAAAUAUAGUGUACGGACACGUAACACAAAUACAUCAAAUAGAAAAAAAUAAAAAAAGACAGUUCAUAGCUAUAAAGUUUGUACACUCCUCCAGCUAUCAUACUGCACUUUGAAGCUAUUAACUGAAGUAGCACCAACGACACUUUCAGGUAAACUAUUCCAGGUGUUGAAUAUGCGGUUGGGAAGAAACCACUGUCGGACUGUUGUUUUAAAUGGCUCCUUAUGCAAUUUGAAGCUGUGUCCGCGUAGAUUGCUGCGCGACAGACGGUAUAGAUGCAUGAGGUUGGUGCCCAUCAAACCAUGAAGUAUCCUGAACGUAACUAUAAGAUCGCCACGAAGUCUUCGCUCAGAGAAUGAGGUCAGGUUGAAUAAUGCAAGGCGAUCUUCAUAGCUUGGUCUUCGUGCUCCAAAAGGGAUACGAGUAGCCCGACGCUGUACUGAUUCGACGAGAUUUCUAUCGCGCAGAAGCACAGUGUCCCAUACCGGGCCAGCGAAUUCAAGAAUUGGCCUCACGAAUGCCUUGUAAAUGUAGGCGCAAGUGUUGACAUCGGAUCCCUUGAAAGACCUCUCCAGCAUGUAUAGAAGUUUCUUGGCUUUUGAUAUAACGUGGUGAAUAUGCUCUGACCAGGAAAGACGAUCGUUGACUAUAACGCCCAGAUCAGUGUGGCUGGAAACUGCUUCGAUGUUGUGGUCAGAGAUCUUGUAUGUAAAUCGCGGAUUUGUCUUCCCGAGGUGAAGGACACAACACUUAGUUAGAUUUAAGGGUAAAAGCCAACUGACUGACCAUUGACAAAC